GAAACUUGUACUAAAACCUAGGAGAGGAGGAGCUGGCACCACCGCCUAACUCGCCAUUGACACAACACCAAAAACUCUUCUUUACUUUUUGUUAUUCUACACACAUCGAUAAAGAUUAAGAACAUAAUUAAUAGAAUUCCAUAAAUAAUUAGAUGCACUAACUUUUCAACAUCAAUUCAACGGUUUAAAUUCGUGAAAAAGCGUUUUUAUUUUAUUUUAAUGGUUACAACUUUGUAGUUUUUACCCUAAAUCUCUCUCUGAUUACUGAUACUCUGUCUCAAUCUCUUCUUUCUUCUAAUCCUUUAUUUCUUGUAAGCUACUUCUCCUGAAUUUCGUAUUUGAUCCGUUUAAUCCAAGUUUCGAUUUUAUAUAACAACCACAUAGACAGAGAGAGAGAGAGAGAGAAACAGAGUAAUGGCGAACAGAGAUGUGGAGAGAGUAGGGAAGAAAAACAGAGGAGCUAAUAACAAUUAUUUCUACGAGGAGUCUUCUGGUGAAACUCAUUGGACUUCAUGGCUGAUUCCGGCGAUUGUAGUGGCAAAUCUCGCUGUCUUUAUCGCUGUUAUGUUCGUUAAUGAUUGUCCUAAGAAAAUCACCGGACCUAACAAAGAGUGUGUUGCUAGAUUCCUCGGAAGAUUCUCGUUUCAACCACUUAAAGAGAAUCCUCUCUUUGGUCCUUCUUCUUCAACAUUGGAGAAAAUGGGAGCAUUGGAAUGGAGGAAAGUAGUACAUGAACAUCAAGGAUGGAGACUUCUCUCUUGUAUGUGGCUUCACGCUGGUAUCAUUCAUCUUCUUACAAACAUGUUGAGUUUGAUCUUCAUUGGUAUCCGCCUUGAGCAGCAAUUUGGCUUCAUAAGAGUCGGGUUGAUAUACUUAAUAUCGGGUCUCGGUGGAAGCAUACUUUCGUCGCUUUUCCUUCAAGAAAGUAUCUCUGUUGGUGCUUCGGGUGCUCUCUUUGGACUUCUUGGAGCAAUGUUAUCUGAACUUCUUACCAAUUGGACUAUCUAUGCCAACAAGGCGGCUGCUCUGAUCACACUUCUGUUCAUCAUCGCAAUCAACUUAGCAUUAGGCAUGCUUCCUCGGGUUGACAACUUUGCACACAUUGGAGGGUUUUUAACCGGAUUCUGCCUCGGGUUUGUCCUCCUUGUCCGACCUCAGUACGGUUGGGAAGCUUCCCGCACCAACACUUCGCGAACCAAACGAAAGUAUAGCAUGUACCAGUACGUGCUGUUUGUAGUUUCAGUGGUGCUACUUGUGGUUGGGCUAACGGUUGCAUUAGUGAUGCUUUUCAAAGGAGAGAAUGGGAACAAACAUUGCAAAUGGUGUCAUUACCUUAGCUGUUUCCCAACUUCUAAAUGGACCUGCUAAUCAUCAUCAUCAUCAUCAUAAUCAUAUAGUAAAAGCUUUUAUAUGUGUUCUUGUUAACAUUUAAUCUCUUUGAUCUCUCUAGCCUUUGAUUAUUUAUAUAUGUGUACAUUACCAAAUUCGUCUUGUGUAAAAGGGGAUAGAAAUAAAAGAGUGUAUUAUUUUUACAUUUGAACACCAUAUUUCUCAAACUGUCUUUAAGUACAUAAAUAGUAAACAAUUUUAUUAAUGUAAAACAUAAGCUGUAAUUGGA